AUGCAUAUCCUGCACUUGACGGCCGUCGUCCUCUCGACCCUGGCCGCACGGCCGGUCGAGGCAUCUCGUCCUCGGAACUGCCCGCCCCUGGGCCCCGUGUUCCCGCCGGCGCGCGCCCCGCGCUCUCAUCCCCGCGUGGUCGCCGCCCUUGAGGCCCUCUCCCGCGACCUCCUCUCGCGUGCGGCGGGCUGGAACAACACGGCCCUCUCGGUGGGUGUAGAGACGGUCAUUGACCAUCGUAACGAUGAUGACGAUGGAGAGAGAGGACCGAUGCUGGAGCUGCACUAUUCGCCUCCCGGCGCGAGGGACGUCAACGGCGAGACGGUGUACCGGGUCGGCAGCGUGAGCAAGGUCUUUGCGGUGCUUGGGGCGGAGAUGCUGGCGGCGAGGGGCGACCUGCAUCUGGAUGACAAGGUUGGGCGAUGGAUUGAUGAGCUGAAGCAGGGCAGCGAGGGAGGCGUUCCGUGGGAAGAGGUUACGGUUGGGUCUUUGGCGACGCACAUGUCGGGAAUCGGCGUGGACAGUGAGUUCGAUCCCUCCGCCUAG